UCGGCAGCAGGUAGAGAAUCCCAGGAUAAUUCAAGCUAUCGCCAAAGAUUCUGGAUCUCAAGGAUGAUAUUUCUGCGUGCAGCUGCCGUCUUGUGGAUUGUCUGUGGUGUUACUGCAUAUGAAAAUGUUGCCCUUGGGGGUCGAGCCACUCAGUCUUCAAUUUUCCGGAGCCUGGGUGAAGGUUAUCUGGUUGCAGCAAUAAAUGCAAUAGAUGGUAACCAGAACUCAGCCUUCUCCUAUGGCUCCUUCCUGUUCAUGUACCCAUAAUGACCUGUCUCCUUGGUGGAGAGUGGACCUGCUGAAACCUUAUAGUGUUGCCUACAUUACCAUCACUAACAGAGGAGACUGCUGUGGUGAAAGACUGAGUGGCGCUGAAAUCCUCGUUGGAAACUCUUUGAACGACAAUGGAAAUGACAAUCCCAGGUGUGCAGUGGUGACCUCUGUUCCAACUGGAGGAACACAGACCUUUGGGUGUAACGGCAUGGUUGGGCGUUAUGUCAAUAUCAUUUUAAGAGGAAAAAAGAGAAUAUCUUCAGCUGUGUGAAGUUCAGGUCUUUGCUGAUCACGAAUGCAGCAGUCUCAAAUAA